AGAGUAAAUUUCAGAUUUGAAAAUUACAAAAAUGUUUAGGCAAGGAAGUAUACAAAAAGUACAAAAUAAUUUUACAUUUGUCUUAAUUACCAUCCUACAACAGCUACAGAAGCUACAUUCCAUAGCAACGCUAAUUAACAAAACAAGAGCGAGACUGCAAUUACUAAAUAAUAUAUUGUUAUUUAUAGCUAUUACAUAAACUUUACGAACUUUGUAGUACAUACCUUUGACGCUGUUUCUGCUAUUUUAUAACUAAAAAAUACAAGCAAUAUGAAUACCAAAUUGGCAAAGGAAAUUGAAAAUACAAUAAAGGAGGGGCGUUUUCAGUUUGCCGUUAAAUGUCUAAAUGAAAUUAUGCAAAUUAAUUCGGAUACAAAUUUUGUCUUCAGUCCGUCUUGCAUAUAUGAAGCACUUUUACGAAUGUACAUGUUGAUCAAAGGUAGCAUUGCAAUGCGUCUAAACGAGAUUCUUUCUUUAAAGAACAUCAACCUAAUAGAUUUGACAAAUUAUUGUUCUUAUAACAAAAAAAAGGAACAAUGGAGUAAAAUAAUAAAAAAACAAAAAGAUCUUCCUGACCCUUCUUGCGAUUGUUACGUUAAAUGUUGGUGUAAACAUGAUAUAAAAUUUUAUGAUAAAGCAGUACUGCAUAUGUUUGGCUCAGAAAUCAAUUCUUUAGAUUUGCUCCUUGAUUCUGAUGACAAUAUGGACGAAGUGAAUUCCGUUUUAAGACAAAUCGUAAACCAAACGAAGGGAUACAUUUAUUAUCCUGAGGAUUAG